AUGCCUCAGAAAUCUCCCUUUUCGAUCACCAUCCCCCCCACGGAUCUCCUGACGUACCUCUUCCCCCCUGACGCAAAGCCUUCGACACAACCUCUGUACAUCUCUGCCGACGAGCCUUCUCGACAUGCGCUGUCGCCGGCCGAGACGCUCGUGUGGGUCAAGCGCCUGGCGCUCGGGUUCCAGCGGAUUCUCGGGGUGGGUGGACGGACAGGGGAGUCGUCCAGGACCGGGUUCACCAUCAUGAUGUUCACCCCGAACCAUGUGUUCGUCCCUGUUGUCUAUCUGGCCGCCAUCGCCGCAGGGGGCAUAUUCAGCGGCUGCAGUAUAAGUUUCGGUGUGCAUGAAGCGACAACUCAGCUGCAAAACACCGGCACCGAGAUAUUCCUCGUCCACCCGAGACAUCUCGCCGUGGCUCUCGCGGCAGCCAAAAAUGCGGGCUUGUCGAAAUCCAGAAUCUUUCUUUUCGACCAAGAACCUCAACCGGAGACCGAGGGGAUUCGUGAUUUCCGCUCCAUCCUGGCUUCUGUCGAGGACGCUCAAAAGUGGCAGUGGAGACGGCUGAAUGGGGACGAGGCGAGAAACACCACAGCCGUGCUCAAUUACUCUUCUGGGACGACCGGCCUCCCCAAGGGCGUCCGGAUCAGCCACACCAACCUGAUCGCCAACGUGUCCCAGUCGAUCUACAUGCGGGAUCUCGAACAGCCGUACACGCCGACCACGCGACCGCAAGAGCGCUGGCUGGGAUUCUUGCCCCUAUCCCACGCCUACGGGCAGCUGUGGACGAUUCUCGCGGCGCUCAAGACGCUGUCGCCCGUCUACAUCAUGGCGCAGUUCCACUACACCGAGUUCCUCCGACACAUCCAGACGCACGCCAUCACGCACCUCCAGACGGCGCCGCCCGUGCUGGUGAUGCUGGCCAAGCGGCCCGAGACGGAGCGCUACGACAUCAGCUCGCUGCGCAACAUCCUCUGUGGGGCGGCGCCGCUGAGCCAGGAACUGCAGAACGAAGUCACGGCGAAGCUGCAGGGCGGCCGCGUCGUGCAGACCUGGGGCAUGACCGAGGUGACGUGCUCGGCGCUGCACAUGCCGGGCGGACGGGACGACCGCAGCGGCAGCGUCGGCUACAUCGACCCGAACUGCGAGAUGAAACUGCUGGACGACACCGGCGCCGAGGUUCCUGUGGGUGAGCGUGGCGAGAUCCACGUACGCGGCCCCAACAUCUGCCAGGGCUACUGGCGCAACGAGGAGGCGACGCGCGCGCUGUUCGACGCGGACGGCUUCCUCCGCACGGGUGACGUCGCCAUCCGGAACGCGCAGGGCCUGUACUGGAUCGUGGACCGCAAGAAGGAACUCAUCAAGGUCAAGGGCCUGCAAGUCGCGCCGGCCGAGCUCGAAGCCGCGCUGCUGGAGCACGAGGCCGUGGCCGACUCGGCCGUCGUGGGCGUCAAGCUCAGCGACGACGGCGACGAGGCCCCGCGCGCGUACGUGGUCCUGAAAGACCCCUUCCGGGGGAAAGUCUCCGCGGCCGCUCUCGCGCAGUGGCUGCAGGGCCGGGUGGCCAAGCACAAGCACCUCACCGGCGGGGUCUUCUUCAUCGACGAGGUCCCCAAAAGUCCCAGCGGGAAGAUCCAACGGAAACUGAUACGAGAGUGGGCGGCCAAGGACUCGGCGCAGGCCGCCGUCAGGGCGAGGCUGUGA